CCUUCACCUCCACCUCCAGUUUCUCCUUAUGUUAUAUAUACACGAACAACACGCCCAUCAUUCCAUAUAACCUUACAUUCUCAUCCACAUUUCUUUUGUCAAGAAAGGAGGGAGUUACGGUAUGAGUCUAAUUACUGGGCAAUUACUCUUUUGGCAGAUAUGUUAUGCAUGCUCUUGAUGACUUAUGUGUCAAGAAGCAUACUUGCUAACUGCCAAAGGAGAUUUGCCCCGCAAUAUUCUCACCCGUUCCGUUUGAACGAUGAACAAUAUUAUAUUAUUGUGAAGAAGUUAAGUGCUGUCUUCACCUACAUUAUUCAUCUAUUAUGCAUCCAUUCUUCCAUGGAGUCAAAUUCAAGGUAAAAUCUCAUCAUCCGGAAAUGGUCGGAAAAGUCUCUUCAAUUUAGUUUGCAAAAAAAAAAAAAUUGAAUUGGUAUUCAAUGUUUAAUUGUAGUCUAGCCAGGCCAUUCCCAUAUCUCAAACUUAAACUGUGUAGUUAGUGUAAUUAACCUUACCUGAUAAGCUUAAUUGCAAAUUACAAUGACUGACUAUUGUUUGAAUGUCACUGUAUAACUAUACAUAUAUAUAUAAAUAACGAAUGAAUGGAUGAAUAAAGUAUGAAGUGGUAGUGUGUUAUAAUUUUGUGGUGUGAAAGUGUAUGAUGAAGGGCUGACCUUCCGCAGCCGCAGCGAGUAGAGAAUUAAAGAUAAUUCCAUUUAUUCAAAGGGAAAUUCAAUAUUGUAUUUAUUACAAUUUAAAAUUAGUAGCAAUUAGUUCAAUUAAUUAAUUCCCUACUAUUAUUUUUAUCGUGAGACCCAUGCACGUGUCAACUAUAUGUAUUCCUAGAAAAUAUGAACACAAUAAUUUCUAAUUCGAACUCUUUCUUCCUUUUUGCACAAAUAAUACAAUUAAUACAGUUCCCUCGUGAAACAUCCAUCUUUGAUUAUGAUUUCGUUUCUCUUUUUAGUGGCUUUUAAUAAUCCUCUUAAUUAGAAUGAUUGUUUUUCGCAUCUUGUCCGGACUUUUAAAAUAAAUAUUACUCACUUUCAACCUAUGAUUUUCUCGAAUUUUUUUAAUCUACUUUUAGUUGUUUUUUUUUUUUCGUUACUGGUGGAAGCCAAUGUGACAAUCUAAGCAGUGUUAUGGCAGUUAAAAGGAGCAAAAUGCUACGCCCAAGCUCAGAUUAGUCUCACAUGAGAUGAUUGUGAGAUGGAUCAAUCAUGAUAAUUAUCUCCAUUAGUUCAAAGCAUUUGGAGUGAAUGUAGAACAAAAUAAAUAUGUAUAAAAAAUAAUAAUCAUUCAUUAUUUUAGAGGGUAUUUGGAACAUGUAAUGAAAUGGGUUUAUAUUGUAAUGUAGUAGUCCAUGUGUUAGGUUUAUUUUAUAACAUUAAACUUAUUAUGUAUUCUCAUAAUUUUCAAUUCAAUUAUCUUUUUUAUCGUUCUCAUGCUUUACAUUUUUUUAUGUUCAUGUUUCCUUGAUUAUAUUCCAACCUCCUAAAUAACCUAGAAAAGCUUUCAUACAAACUCUACUUAUAUAUCUACAUAUUGUUUCCAAUUAUCAGGUGUUAUGUUAGUUUUUAAAGUUAGGUUGUAAUCUGGUGACAUUAGUGUAAGGGUAUAAUAAAUAGUAGUAAAAGAAAAUUUAUGAUGGGAACAAAGAGCCUAAUAUACAAAAAGAAAGGCAAAUUUGUAGACAUAAUAAUAGAGAGCAUUUAUUUAGCAAUAGAUGGGUUGGGAGUGUGGUUGAAAGUUUGAAUGAUUGAAAUUAAAUAUAAAGAAAGAUUUAGAUUAGACUACAUCACUGCCUACUUCACCUAAUAUUUUUAAUGUCUUUUUAUAUAAACGAGGAGUAAACAAAGUUAAUUCCAAGGCUGCGGUUUUCAAUUUCAGACCUCACUAGUUCACACGCCACACCACACCACAACCACACCACACACGCCUUUUCCUCGUUCACUUUCUUUUCAUUACUCUUUUUUCUGAACCUUACACGUCCCUUAAUGUGCGACCCAAAACACUGAUUAUUUAUUUUUAAUCACAAUCACAUCCAAACUAAAAACGUGCUCUAUCUCUAUGCAACAAGUAAAGCUAUAUCAGGUUUGAUUUCAAGUUUGUUCUUCAAUAUUCCCCCACUCAUGGAAGCAGAGAAGGUCUUGAAUUCCUACGAUUGGGUUUGGUUCCACCGCCAAAUCUUCCAAAAGGAACCAACUUUUACAAUUUUAUCCAAUUCUGAAGACCACCCAGAUGAUGAAGAGGGCUUAAUCUCGAGUUCUGCUUCUCUUUCACCCAAUUCAGUUCUCUCCAGUUCCAACCUCGGAUCUCCAUUCUCAGAAACAACAAACCCCAAAACGACACCCUUCAAAGAAGCAUCGAAACCAGAGAGAUCGAGGAGGAGGAAGUUGGAAAGAAAAAGCCUGUCAGAGCUUGAAUUUGAAGAGGUGAAAGGAUUUAAGGAUUUGGGGUUUGUUUUUACAGAGGAAGAUAGGAAUUCAGAGUUGGCUUCAGUAAUUCCAGGAUUGAAUAGGUUAGGAUCGGAAGAAGAAGAAAAAGAAAAAGAAGAGAAGAGAACUUUGGAUGAUGACGAUGAUGAAGAAUCAAGAGUCUCAAGACCUUAUCUUUCAGAGGUAUGGGAGGUCUUAGCAAUGGAUAGAAGAAGAGAAGAAAUAAUCAAUCCAUUAUUAAAGAAUUGGAAGCUGCCUUCUUUCAACAGUGAAAUUGAUAUGAAACAAAAUCUCAGGUGGUGGGCUCAUACUGUUGCUUCCACUGUUAGAUAACAACAUUCAUUCAUUCUUUCUUUUAUUUUUUGAAAGAUUAAAAUUGAGAUCAAGUAAUUUUGGUUUCAAUGAUGUUAUUCUUUCUACUAAUUUGUGUUUGUGGAUGGGACUUAGCAGUACAGAGGAAUGUAGAUUAUUAGGUGUUACUUCUCAAAUUUUGUACAUGAGUGAGAGAUUUCAUGUAAAACAAUAAAUUGGAAUAUAGAUUGAAAGGCC